CCAAAAGUGAAAAGAGAAAAAAAGAAAAAGAAAAAAAAGAAGAAAAGAAGAACCGGUUGUACUCUUCUAGUAGAGUCCCACCUCUCUUCGUCUUCCCCACUCGAACAAAAUCUUUACUUCCUCCCCAAUUAUUCUGCAAUUCUAAUUUCACUCCAAAACAACUUCCUUUCUAUAAAUUAUUCCCUUUUUCCCUCUUAAUUUUAAUCUUAAUAAACUUUAUAGCACCGGCGCACACCAACUGUUUGUUGAAAUUCCCCAAUAAUAAUCAAUCCUGAAAUUUGCACAAUUCGUCGAAGAUGAUGAUCAGAAUCCGAAGCCGCGAUGGUCUGGAGCGGGUCUCAAUCGACAACCCUCUCGCCACCGUCGCCCAACUCAAGUCCGAGAUCGAGUCCCAACUCCGGGUCCCCGCCCAAGCCCAAAUCAUCUCCGCCAACCAAAAUCUGCUACUAGCGAAAACCCCUGACGAUUUGACCCGUUUCACCGACAUGACCGACCCGGGCGCCAUGCUUUCCUCUUUCAAAAUCGGCCACGGCUCAAUUGUCUACCUAGCUUACGAAGGCGAGCGGACCGUCGCCGGGCCCACCUUCCACCCCGCCGGCUCUUUCGGCAGGAAGAUGACCAUGGACGAUUUAAUCGCCAAACAGAUGAGGGUUAGCCGCCAGGAGAACCCCCACUGCGAGCUAGUCUCCUUCGAUCGCGAUGCAGCAAACGCGUUCCAGCAUUACGUGAACGAAAGUUUGAGCUUUGCGGUGAAGCGCGGCGGUUUGAUGUACGGAACCGUGUCGGAGGAGGGAAAAGUUGAGGUGGAUUUCAUCUACGAGCCGCCGCAGCAAGGGACUGAGGAGAAUCUGAUACUUUUGAGGGACCCGGAAGAGGAGAAUUUGGUUGAGGCCAUAGCUUUGGGGUUGGGUAUGAGGAGGGUAGGGUUUAUAUUCACUCAGACCAUCAGUCAGGACAAGAAGGAUUACACAAUGUCGAAUGCCGAGAUUUUGCAGGCGGUCGAAUUGCAGGCUGAGGGUGAUUUAAAAGAGUGGGUUACUGCCGUGGUGAAGCUGAAGGCGAACGAGGAUGGAGGAGCAGAUGUGCACUUUGAGGCCUUUCAGAUGAGUGAUAUUUGUGUUAGGUUGUUCAAAGAAGAUUGGUUUGAGAGAGAUGUGAAAGAGGAGAUUGAUCCGAAGUUGUCGAGGAUGAAGAAAGAGGUCGUUAUUGGAGUGAAGGAUAUGAGGGAUGUGGACAACGAUUUCUUCUUGGUUGUCGUCAAGAUUUUCGAUCACCAGGGCCCGCUUACAUCGACGUUUCCGAUUGAGAACAGAAUAUCCCCAGUGACAAUGAGAGCAUUGAAGAGUCAUCUUGAUAGGGCAAAGAAUCUCCCCUUUGUGAAGCGAAUUUCAGAUUUCCAUCUCCUUCUAUUGCUUGCCAGGUUUCUAGAUGUGAAUGCUGAUGUUCCUGCAUUGGCUGGCUGUGUACACACGCAGUCUACAGUGCCUGAAGGCUACCAACUGUUGAUCGAGUCCUUGGCCAGUGCUUCUUGAUGCUGGUUCGUCUCUUCUGCAAGUUGUCGUAAAGAUCUUUCACUUGAAGAAAUCCCUUUUUUCGAACAUGAAUUAGAAUGUGCACUUUCGAACUGAAAUACGUGCUUUUGUUGGGCUUAGGUGAAUUGGUUUUUAUGUCUUGUAACUAUAAUAUAUUUCAUCUUCUACUCUGCUUUGGAACUUUCCUUGAGAUUAAUUUAUCAUGUUUUCUCCCUCUAUUGGGAUUCUUUUUAACAGUACAA